AUGCAACUGGAACUAUUUUGUCUACUUCUUCUAUUGCAUUCAUCUUCGUGUAAACACAAGAAAAAUGUAGGAACUUUGGUUCGUGUUAGAACGUCAAGUACAGUCGGUGUUCUAUUUGAUGAGCUGCCAGUGGAUACUCAUAAUUAUGCACGAUCGUUAUUAGAUAAUAAAACAGACGAUUAUUGGAAAGAUCUGGCCCGUCGUCAACUUGAUUUAACCCAAGUGCGCCUCGUUUUUCGGCCAUUGUACUAUCCAGAUGUACAGCCACCAACAUUUCGUGGUACACUUUCGUUACCAUUGCGUGACCAGUUAGAAAUUCGGUUGAAAGGUCGGCCGAGGUGGAUAAGUGAAAAUGGACAUGGCGAAAAAUGGCAAAUUUCGGCGCUGAUAUAUUAA